GUCCUGUAAAGACAUGAUGCAAAGCCUCCCACUGCGACUGGCACAGGCCAUCUUUGGGCGUCCACCUUCUCCAUCUCGGAAAUUCUCCCAGGCAGGCAUUAUUCUGGACCCAAACCAGAAACUAGAAGAGGAAAACCUACGCGAGUACUGGCCUCAUCAGUUUUACCCCGUGAAGAUCGGUGAUGUUUUUACCUCGAGGUACCAAGUAAUUGGGAAACUUGGCUAUGGUGGCCAUUCUACAGUGUGGCUUUGCCGAGACCUACAGCAACAUGCUUAUGUUACAUUGAAAAUGUACGGACAUGGCUCUAGCCAUGGACGAAGAGAAAAAGAAAUAUACGAACACCUAAGAAAUGUUAAGUCAAGCCACACAGGCUCUUUGCUCGUCCGACAGGCAAUCGAUGACUUCCAAAUCAGUUCUGCAGAUAAUACCUACUCCUAUCAGUGCCUCGUGCAUCCUCCUUUAGCCAUGAGUCUAUGCGAGCUACGCAAUCGUGUUAUAGAAAAGGUGCUUCCAGAAGAUUUAUUGAAGCCAGCGUUAAUACACAUCCUUCUUGCUCUCGACUUCCUUCACACAGAAGCCAAGAUUGUUCACACCGAUAUACAAGAAAACAAUGUCAUGCUUAGUGUGGAAGAUGAGUCAAUUCUUGUCGCUUUUGAGGAAUCAGAGAAAUCUAGUCCCAGUCCCCGUAAAAUUGAUGGCGAUCGGGUAAUCUAUUCAUCCCGGGACUUGGGUAUUCCGAAAGUGCACGGUCGUCCCAUUCUGGCUGACUUCGGAGAGGCUUGCUUCAGUUCGAGGAUAGAGAAGCAAUGGGAGGAUGUGCAACCUUUGGUUUACCGUGCUCCUGAGGUUGUAUUACGGAUGCCGUGGGACUCAAAAAUCGAUAUUUGGAAUAUAGGGGUACUUGCCUGGGGUCUUUUUGAGAAGAGAUCUCUCUUCCACGCCCGCGAUUCAAACGGGAACAUUUCAGACAGUCACCACCUCGCCAGGAUGAUAGCAGUAAUGGGUGCACCGCCAAAAGAAACGCUUCAAAAAAGUGAAUAUGCGAACGAUUUCUUUGAUAGCGAUGGUAACUGGAAAGGUAACGCUGAAAUUCCCUCUAUAUCCCUGGAGACAUUAGAAGGCAAUUUGCGACAUACACAACAAACAUCAUUUCUCUGCUUUAUGCGGAAGAUGCUUCAAUGGAAGCCGGAAGAUCGGGCUUCUGCGAAAGAAUUACUUGCAGAUCCUUGGCUACAGUCAAGAUAGUUCAGUGUGAGCUUUAAAGGAUAGGCUUUCGUGGUGUAAUCUACGUGUAUUCGCUCAUAUGCUACGAGCUUCAGAGAAAAAAGAAGAAGUGGAAGAAUAAAAAGCCAUGCGAGCCACUGGACACAGAAAUCUCACAACAAUUAGAAGUUCAAUCUCAUUUCACACUCGUUGUGCAGCAUAUUGCGCAAGCGCCUCGGACAACAUAACGCACAGAGAUCCAACCCUAUCUACGGCCUGAUGGAUUGUUUCAACAUGGAUUCGAUCAAUAGCUCUUUAUUCUCGUCCUUGAGACGGACUGAGAGAAGGUACUCUGGAUGCAACAGGUAACAUCGCUACCUUCUUCGCUAUUGCGUGAAGAUGAGUCCACAAGCUGCACUAAUCCCUGACAAAGUGCG